GCUCCGCGAAGCUCCAAAAUGUCAGCUGACCUAUGAGGAUAUUAGUGCACGGAACUGGCCAGAAAACAAAAAUGUUCGGAUCAUAUCGAACAUUUUAAUGACUUGUGUCGUCUAUAGGGCAGCAUGGGAAUCAUGCGCUACGCUGUAUAAUUUUUCAUUCACAGCAGCGUUUACAGCAGUACAACAAAAACCGAGUCCUCCGUAAGUAUAAGGCGUGUCAAACAUGCUAGCCACUCCUGUGGUUAGAUUUUCUCAAUAUAAUGGCAACAGCACAUCCACGCCGCUGGAGAAUACGUCGAUAUUUCCCACCUGGUUACCGGAUUUAGAAUCCAACGUCAGCAAACCUCACAAAUGUCUACAGAUUUUGUAUGAGGAUGUUGGUGACUCCAGGGUGCGUUUCUGGGAUCUUCUUCUCCUCAUACCUAAUGUGGCCUUCUUUGUUUUCCUGAUGUGGAAACUACCCUCAGCGAGGGCAAAGAUUCGGGUCACAUCCAGCCCCAUCUUCAUCACUUUUUACCUGCUGGUAUUUGUCGUAGCAGCAGUUGGAAUCACCCGGGCCAUUGUAUCAAUGACUGUCAGUGCAUCCAGCUCUGCCACCAUCAUCGACAAAGUAUUGUGGGAGAUCACCCGCUUCUUCUUACUGACAAUUGAACUCAGUGUUGUCAUUCUAGGACUGGCUUUUGGUCACCUGGAGAGUAAAUCCAGCAUAAAGCGGGUGCUGGCUAUCACUGCUGUGCUUGCACUGGCAUACUCUAUUACACAGGGCACUUUAGAAAUCCUCUACCCGGACAGUCACCUAUCUGCUGAGGACUUUAACAUCUACGGACAUGGAGGGCGACAUUUCUGGUUGGUCAGCUCCUGCUUCUUCUUCUUGGUUUACUCGUUGAUUGUGAUUUUGCCCAAAACUCCAGUGAGGGAAAGGAUAUCUCUGCCAUCAAAGAGGAGUUUUUAUGUGUAUGCUGCCAUCCUGUCCUUAUUGAACUUCUUCCAGGGCCUGGGUAGUGCCCUUCUAUGUGCAGGAGUUAUAGAGGGACUGUGCUGUGUGGAUGUCACCACCUUCCUCUACUUCUCUGCUUUUGCUCCACUCAUCUACGUCACAUUCCUCAAAGGAUUCUUUGGCUCCGAACCAAAGAUCCUGUUCUCCUACAAGUCACAGGUGGACGAGGCGGACGAAAGUGACGUCAACCUUCCGCCGACUGUUGCGUCAACCAUUGGCCGUAGGGAACUCACCGACCAGGGCCUGUACUAUUCGUCCACUCAGUUUGACGGCUCCGGCCCCAGCAGUGCAGGAGUGGUCGGAGCGUAUCUGGAUGACGUUGCUUCUGGACCUUUUGGGUCCAGCAGCAUUAACAGUAUUGAAGCUGAUCGUCGGAGGCCUAUUAAUGCCUAAUUCCUUCAUGGCGGUCAGCCUUUGAACUUGAAUGUGUGUAAAUACACUGUUUCAAUGAGAUCAACACACGAUAUGGACAAAGAAUUAAGGAACUUUUCUAUCCAUUUCCCUUGAUGAUCGUGAUUUAUUGAUACUUCUUCUUUUUUUUAACACUGUUGUCAGUGUGCCCUGCUGCUGUAGCUCUUCGCUCAAGCUGACUUUUUCUCAGCAGAUCUUCUGUCAUUCCGCUUUUCUUCAGCCAGCGCUUUGUCCUCAGUGAGGAAGAUUUCGUCAUUAGAACAGUCUUCACAUUAUUUCUGACACUGAGUAUCAUUUGUAUAUUCUCACUGAAGUGUUCAUUAACUUUUAUGUAUUUGUCCAAAAGUUGAACUGCCAUGUCUCAGUAUAUGUGGCAAUGUUGAGUGCUUUUGACUGGUAAAUUUUAUCAUUGAUUGAUUGCUAUUGUGUUAACAAGUCAGUGUUCUGUGUUGCCAUGUCUUAAAAAAAAAAAAAAAAAGUGGAUUGAAAUUGCAUUCUGUGGUUCAGUUUACAGCAUUUUGAAUGUUUACGCUGAACGAAAACGAUCUGACGUGGUCUUACCUUUCAAUAUUUAUUUUUAAAGUAUGACAUUCCUACUCUCUGCAUCUUCUAUACUUCUAAUGAAAGUAUCAGUCAUCUUCAUCUGAGCCAGAGAUGCCUCAUUACUGCAUCCCACCUCCCUUCUAGUAAACAGCAACAGCUGCCUUGUAAUUGUUUCCUAAAAGUGUUGAUUGUUGUUUGAGUGCUUGGAAAUUGUAAAUGUGAAAGGAGAGCUGUAUUUAAACCAUGUAGUCGUCACAUUGCAAGGUUAGGUUUGCUUUUGUUGUAAAACGUACAGAAAAACGUUCUUGACCUGGUUGAUGCAAUGUUUUCUAUGUAGUUUUGCUGAUCCCUAAAAUGCUCAUAUUGAUUGGAUUCUGUGAAUUAGAACAUACUCAUUCCCUGUCAAAUGAUUCAAUGCUACAGUAUAUACGGAAUAAAAAUGAUAAUGAUUGUCCU